UGCUCACUUAAAACUUGAAAGCCUUCCAGUGAUUUCCAGUGCCAAUUUCGUCUUCUUCAUCACCAUGAUAAAGAAGAAUUAGAAGCUUUCAUUUUUCAAUUGUUUUGGUGUUCGAUCUACCUGAAUUACUAUGGCUAAUCGUUCUUCCUCUGAACCAGCUUGGAAAAAGUACUCCUUCCGCUUCCUAAUCAGCCCUAACAAUGAAGAGCAACUAAACAAUUACUCCGGCAGCGGCAGCGGCGGCGGCAAUUUCUUUGCUCUGGACUCAUCACAGCCGCCAUCUGAAUCAGCCACCGUCAUUGCCGAUAACGAACACCUCCUAUCUCAGAUCCUCAUCAAACUUCCCCCAAAACCCCUCCUCCGUUUUCAGUGUGUCUCCAAGGCAUGGCUCUCCCUCAUCUCUGACCCGGCUUUCCGCCGCCGCUGGUCUAUUAUCCGGAGAAACACCGGCGCCGUAAGUCUUCUCUUCUUUCCCUUUGGUGUCAAGGACAUUGGUGUCAUUUUUAUUGGUUCGGAGGGUGCGGUUUCACCGGGUCUCUUUGAUUCGAAUCCGAUGAAGGGUUUUAUCAAGGAUGAGAUUGACGUUCAUGUGCACAGUUGCAAUGGGCUGUGGUGUAUUCAACUUGGGCAGAGUUUUGAGCGCAUUUCUAUUGUUGUUUGCAACCGCACUUGGCAACACAGAUAAAUUCCCAUUCCUCGCGGUACUCGCUGGCCAAAGCUUCGUUACUCUAAUAUAGCUUUUGAUCCUCGAAAUUCAGACCAUUACAAACUUGUCUGUUGGGGUAUAGACCGAAUGGAUUUCCGAUUUAUGGUCUAUUCCUCAGAAUCUGUGGAGUGGAAGAUUACGGAGGAUCAUAUUGGCAAUGUUACUUGGGUAAAUUAUAGUUUUGAGAAUGGAAUUUUCUGGAAUGGGGACCUGCAUUUUAUUGGACGUGGUAUAAUGUCAGGGAUGUCUGUUAUAUGCUUUGAUGUGGAAAAUGAAAAGAUCAGAUCAUCCAUGCCUCCAAUUCCCAUCACCGUUAAGCAUGUCUGUUAUUUUGGGGAGGCAGGCGGGAUUUGUGUAUUGUGAGUUUGAGUGAUCCCGAGGCAUCAUGUAUCAAGUUUGAUGUGUUUGCUCUGAAGAGGGAUCACUCUGAGUGGUCUUUGAAGUAUCGAUUUGAUGUUUCCCCUUUGAUUGCUACAUAUCAUGAAAGAUUUCCAUUUUGCGUUUCUUCCUUUAUUGAUAGAGGACAGAAAGCUAUGAUCAUGAUUUCAUUGCCUGGGAAAUUGGUUUCUUGUGAUAUUAGCAAUAUGGUAGUUGAUGAACUCGUUGAAUUUGAGGGCCGGCCGGAAAAUUACAUUUGGACUCAUGUUUUCCAGCAUGUGGAAUCCCUUGCAUUGGUCUGACCAUCUGAGCGUCUUUGGAUCUUGCUUGCAGAAAAAAUUGAACAUUUUCUUUUUGCUCUAUCUGGAAGAAGCAAGGAGUUGUUGGAGAUAUGGAAGUUGGUAAUCAUCAUUUGUAGUUCUUUUUGUUGCUAAUAUUGUGGUAGUUGGUAGUAGAGCUUUGCUAAUAUUAUGUUAAUAUGUGGUAGAGUUAUUUUAAUUAUGGUGAUAUGCAAUAACUAGUUAUUCCCUCUGGUGACCAGAAAGCUUCUUGCUGAUAGUAAUAUUAUGGUAGGGAGGUAGUGGAGCUAUUUGGUACUUGGUGGUGACUCCCCAUUGCUAAUAGUAAUAUUAUGGUAGGAGGUAUUAGAGUUAUUUAGUACUUAGUGUGUCUCCUUUUGUUUUGAAGCGUUCCGUGUUCGAUAUGGUUUGCUUAUGAAUGGGAAAAAGGAGUUAUGGUUAUGGAUUUAUCGUUUAUUUUCUCUAUUUGUCAA